AUUACUUUCUCAAUCUUUAGCCAUGCAUACAAUCUUACCAAACCCUUCUCUUCACAAACCCCACAAUUCUCCUUCUUUUUCUUGUAAAAUUCUCAUUAAUCCUUCUAAGAAAAAUACUAUAACACUUCCUAGAAGACAUACUCCACCGUUUCUACCACCGCUGCUGCCACCGUCAUCGUCACCGCCACCGUCACCGCCACCUUUGGCUGAACCUAAAAUAUUUCCAUUAAAAUUUGAACCUCCAAAAUUGAACCCUCUUCAGAAACUUGCAUCUUUAGCCUUGGACAUGUUAGAAAAAUCUGUGGUAACAGAGCUGGAAAAGAAACAUAAGCUGAACCGGACAGUUGACCCGGAAAUUCAGCUAGAAGGGAAUUUUGCACCGGUUCAAGAAUGCCCGGUUCAGCAUGGGCUUGAGGUAAUUGGUCAAAUUCCAUCUACUUUAACGGGGGUUUACGUUAGAAAUGGUGCUAACCCAUUAUUUGAACCGAUUAACGGUCAUCAUUUAUUUGACGGUGACGGAAUGAUUCAUGCCGUUAAAUUGGAUUCAGUUAAUAAUAAAGCUAGCUACUCAUGCCGGUUCAUUCAAACAAGCCGGUUGGUUCAAGAAGCUGCAUUGGGCCGACCGGUUUUUCCUAAACCGAUAGGCGAGUUGCAUGGCCAUUUGGGGUUGGCUCGGCUUUUACUGUUCUUUGCCCGAACUAGGUUCGGGUUGGUAGAUGCUACCAAAGGAACCGGCGUGGCAAACGCCGGUUUGGUUUAUUUUAACGGCCGGCUUUUAGCUAUGUCGGAGGAUGAUCUUCCGUAUAGCGUCCGUAUUACAGAUGACGGUGAUCUUGAAACUAACGGACGUUACAAUUUUGACGGACAAAUUGAUGAUCCAUUGAUUGCACAUCCUAAGGUAGACCCCAUCACAGGGGAACUUUAUACUUUGAGUUACAAUGUAUUGAAAAAACCUUACCUUAAAUUCUUCAAAUUUGACACGUGCGGUAAUAAGUCACGUGACAUUUCUAUUUCCCUCCAAAAUCCAACCAUGAUUCAUGACUUUGCCAUCACGGAAAAUCACGUGAUCAUUCCGGAUUAUCAGGUGGUAUUCAAGUUAUCCGAGAUGUUACGGGGCGGGUCGCCCGUAAUCCAUGACCCGGAAAAAGUUUCUAGGUUCGGCGUGUUGUCGAAAGACGACCACGACGAAUCAAGAAUUCGAUGGAUUGAAGUUCCAAAUUGCUUUUGCAUGCAUUUAUGGAAUGCAUGGGAGGAGAUAAACGAAGACGACGAUGAAACCCUAGUGAUUAUAGGGUCAUGCAUGAGUCCACCGGACUCCAUUUUUUCAGGAAGUGAUGAAUCAUUAAAAAGUGAACUAUCCGAGAUCCGAUUAAACUUGAAAACGGGCAAGUCGACCCGACGGGUUAUAGUAUCGGGUAUGAACCUAGAAGCGGGGCAAGUCAACAAGAAUAAACUUGGUCGAAAAACUCGGUAUGCAUUCAUGGCAAUAGCUGAUCCAUGGCCAAAAUGUAGUGGCCUAGCAAAAGUCGAUUUGGUCACGGGAAAUGUUACAAAAGUUUUAUAUGGAGAUGAAAAAUUUGGAGGCGAACCCUAUUUCGUGCCGAGCACGAAAGAAGGUAAAGAAGAUGAAGGGUAUCUUAUGAGUUAUGUUAGAGAUGAGAUGAAAGAAAAAUCAGAAUUAGUUAUAGUUAAUGCUUCAAAUAUGAAGCAAGUGGCCUUAGUAAAAUUACCUAAAAGAGUGCCAUAUGGUUUUCAUGGUACAUUCGUUAGUUCACAAGAUAUAUGUAAUCAAUCUUCUUGUUAA